AGCGCCCUGAGCAGCGCUCUUUAGGCCGUAGGAAACACCUGAAACACACCCAAUACACGCUGAGAUACGCGUGUUUGCCGCGGGGUCAGUAACGGGCCUUGGGGUAGGGGUUACCUCCAUCAGUUCCCCCGGCCCGUGGCGGGGGCUGCUCCCAUGCGUGCACAGGGCCCUGCAGCCGCGGCCUGCAGAGCCUGCGGCGUGUUUCUUACCCCUGGUAUCAUCCAUCAGGACGCGUUUCUUUCUCACCCCUGGUAUCAUCCAUCAGGACGCGUUUCUUUCUCACCCCUGGUAUCCCCAGGACGGAGGCAGUGCUCCGUGUCCUGUACGGGUUUGAACGCGGCCCUGUGAGAAACGCGGGCAGUAGCGAAGCUUGCGCAGUGUUGGGUGUUGCUGUACAACUGGAUUUCUAAAGGGAAAAAAAAUAUUGGGGCCUCUGUUGUGCUUGAGGCAUUCUGAAAGGGCGUGCGUGGGUUUUGUGACAUGGAGUAAAGGUUAUUGUUGGCCGUUGUUUUUGAUUUAAUGAUAAAUAGUAUGAUGCUUCUUUUAACUUGAUUAACUUCUCGGUUUAAAACACAUGAGUGUUUUGCCUUUGUACGUUCUGUACCUUAAGCCGUAACUUAAGAGCCUUAGCUGUGUUUUUAAAGAUGUUCAUAAAAUUUUGUGCUUGUAUAGAUGCAUCGUCAGUUUUCAGUGAUACGCUGUGAUUUGUGCCUUCUAGAUUUUACACAAAGCUUUAUUUUACAGGAUUUAUAACGUUUACGCUUCUGACUUUGGGAGGGAAGAAGAACUGCAGAAAUGUCGAAGAUUGAGAAAAUGAGUAUCCUCGGAGUGAGGAGUUUUGGGGUAGAGGAUAAAGACAAACAAAUUAUCACUUUCUUUAAUCCAUUAACUAUUUUGGUGGGACCAAAUGGUGCAGGAAAAACGACCAUCAUUGAAUGUCUUAAAUAUAUUUCCACUGGAGAUUUUCCUCCUGGCACCAAAGGAAACUCAUUUGUUCACGAUCCAAAGGUUGCCAAUGAAACAGAUGUUAGAGCUCAGAUUCGAUUACAGUUUCGAGAUGUAAAUGGAGAGCUCGUAGCUGUCCAGCGAUCCAUGGUGUGUACCCAGAAAGGCAAGAAAACAGAAUUUAAAACACUUGAAGGUGUCAUUACUAGAACAAAGCAUGGCGAGAAGGUCAGUCUGAGUUCCAAGUGUGCAGAAAUUGAUCGAGAGAUGAUCAGUGCCCUUGGCGUUUCCAAAUCGGUGAUUAACAAUGUCAUUUUCUGCCACCAAGAAGAAUCCAACUGGCCAUUAAGUGAAGGGAAGGCCCUGAAACAGAAAUUUGAUGAGAUCUUUUCAGCAACAAGGUAUAUUAAAGCACUCGAAACUCUCCGUCAGGUACGACUGAAGCAAAGCUUGAAAGUAAAAGAGUGUCAGACAGAACUGAAAUACCUAAAACAGAAUAAAGAAAAAGCACAGGAAAUCCAGGAUCAUCUUAGCAAUAGAGAGGCUCAACUGGCAGCUUCUAAGGAGAAUGUCAGAUCUAUUGAGAGUCAACUUGAUCCUCUGAAGAGUUCUCUGGCAGCAGUUGAACAGAAUCUUAUAAAAGUAAUGAAGCUAGACAACGACGUAAAAGCCCUGGAGAGCAGGAGGCGGCAAAUGGAGAAAGAUAAUCAAGAUUUGCAGCAGAAGAUGGAAAAGGUUUUUCAAGGAACAGAUGAACAACUAAGGGACAGAUACCAGAACCACCAGAGAACAGUGAAGGAGAAGGAGAAGAGAUUAUCAGACUGUAAGCGUGAAUUAGAUAGAGCCACUAAAGAAUGCCAGAGAUUUAACAGUGAAAAAUCAGAACUACUUAUUGAACGAGGUCGUCUGCAACUGCAAGCAGAUCGUCACCAGGAACACAUUACAACGAGGGAUUCAUUAAUUCAGUCUUUGGCAGCACAGCUGGAAUUAGAUGGUUUUGAGCGAGCACCUUUUAAUGAAAGACACAUUACCAGUUUUCAGAGGUUGUUGAAGGAGAGACAGGAAAGAGAUACAGAAGCUGCAAACCAUUUAAUGAGAGAAUUUGCACGAAAAGAAGCAAUGAAACAAAAACAGAUAGAUGAAAUAAGAGACAAGAAAACUGGAUUAGAAAGAACCAUUGACCUGAAAUCAGACAUUCAAAAUAGGAAACAAGUUGAGCUGAAGAAUGUAAAAUACGAAUUGCAGCAGUUGGAGGGGUUUUCAGACAGAAUUCUGGAGCUGGAUCAGGAGAUUGUCAAGACAGAACACGAGCUGGAGAAGGCAGAGAGGAACAGCAAUGUAGAAGCACUCGAACUAGAAGUACGAACUCUGCAAAAUGAGAAAAUAAACCUGGACAAAGCUCUUAGGAGGUUGGAUCAAGAGAUGGAACAGUUGAAUCUACAUACCACGACGAUUACCCAAAUGGAGAUGCUGAAGAAAGACAAAGCAGACAAAGAAGAGCAGAUUAGAAAAGUAAAAUCAAGGCAUUCUGAUGAACUGACAUCACUGUUGGGAUACUUUCCGAAUAAAAACCAACUUGAAGACUGGCUUCAUGGUAAAAAUAAAAAGAUUAAUCAGACAAGGGAUAAUCUUGCUGACCUUAACAAACGACUGGCAUCAGUAGAGUAUCAUAAAACUUACGUCACUAACGAGCUAAAGAAAAAAGAAGCGCAGUUGUCCCUUCAUGAAGCAAAACUUUUUGAUGUUUGUGGAAGCCAAGAUUUUGACAGUGAUCUGAGCAAACUUCAAGAUGAAAUUGAAAAAAGUUCAAAACAGCGAGCUGUGCUUGCCGGAGCUACUGCCGUUUAUUCACAGUUCAUUACACAACUGACAGAGGAGAACCAGUCAUGUUGUCCAGUUUGUCAAAGAGUUUUUCAAACAGAGGCUGAAUUGCAAGAUGUAAUUAGUGAUCUGCAGUCUAAGCUGCGUCUUGCUCCAGACAAACUGAAGUCAACAGAGUCUGAGCUUAAAAGAAAAGAGAAAAAACGUGAUGAAAUGAUGAGUCUUAAACCACUUAGACGAACUGUAGUUGAACUCCAAGAUAGAGACAUACCAGACUUGAGGAACAAGAUACAGAACGCAAACAGGGAUUUAACAGGCCUGAAGGGUGAGAUAGAAGAACAGGAAUCACUCUUGCAGACAGCUCUGUCUGAGGAGGGGGGUGCCAAAGCACGUUUACAGGAUAUAACGCUAAUGGAAAGGUACCAGACUGAUAUUAGGGAUGUUGAACGAAAAAUUGCUCAGCAGGAGGCUAAGCUGCUAGGGGUCGAUUUAAGUAGAACUGUUCUACAAGUAAGCCAAGAGAAACAAGAGAAAAAACACUCAUGGGAUACAGUUAAUGGUAAAAUUGAGUUAAAUCAAAAACUCAAGCAAGACCAGCAAAAUCAGAUUCAGCAGCUAAAGAGUACAGUUAAUGAGCUUAAAGCAGAGAAACUUCAGAUUUCCAGCAGCAUGCAGCGUCGUCGACAACUGGAGGAACAAACUGUGGAAUUAACCACUGAGGUUCAGUCCUUAUGCAGAGAGAUCAAGGAAGCAAAAGAACAGAUAUUUCCUUUGGAUGCAACUUUAGAAAAACUGCAAGAGGAGAAGGAGGAUCUAGUGAAUAAAAGGACUGCAAGUAAUAAAGAAACACAAGAGAAGAUAAAUGUCAUAAGAGAGAAAGUUAAGGAUAUAAACAAGUAUGUGAAAGAAAUUGAAAACUAUAUUCAACAAGGAAAAGACGACUAUAAAAAGCAAAAAGAGUCUGAACUUGAUGAAGUAAAUUCUCAGUUAGCUGCCUGUGAGAAACAGAAGGAAAAGAUAAGUAAAGAGAUGGAAAUGAUUCGACAAGAUAUUGACACUCAAAAGAUACAGGAAAGGUGGCUAGAGGAUAAUCUUACUUUGAGGAAACGGAAUGAAGAGCUAAAAGAUGUUGAAGACAAUAUAAAACACCUUGUGAAGGAGAUGGGAGAAAUGAAAGUCCCGCAAAUGAAAAAUGAACAAAAACAUUUAGAGGAGACAAUAGAAUCUCUGAAAAGAAACCAUCAUGUUGCACUUGGCCGACAACGUGGAUUUGAGGAAGAGAUUGUUCGGUUUAAAAAGGAACUUCGAGAGUCACAGUUCAAAGAUGCAGAGGAGAAAUACAGGGAGAUGAUGAUUGUUAUGAGAACAACAGAGCUGGUGAACAAAGAUCUGGACCUUUAUUACAAGGCUCUUGAUAAAGCAAUAAUGACAUUUCAUAGCAUGAAGAUGGAAGAAAUCAACAAAAUAAUUCGUGACCUUUGGCGAAGCACCUACAGAGGACAAGAUAUUGAGUAUAUAGAAAUUCGUUCUGAUGCAGAUGAGAACGUCUCAGCCUCAGAUAAAAGAAGAAGUUACAAUUAUAGAGUAGUAAUGAUAAAGGGAGAUACAGCACUGGAUAUGCGAGGAAGAUGUAGUGCUGGACAAAAGGUGCUUGCUUCUCUUAUUAUUCGUCUUGCUCUAGCAGAAACAUUCUGUCUCAACUGUGGCAUAUUGGCAUUAGAUGAGCCUACUACCAAUCUUGAUCGCGAAAACAUAGAGUCUCUUGCACAUGCCCUGGUGGAGAUAAUAAAAAGCCGCUCACAGCAGCGUAACUUUCAGCUUCUGGUGAUAACUCACGAUGAAGAUUUUGUUGAACUUCUGGGCCGUUCUGAAUACGUGGAAACGUUCUACAGGAUAAAGAAGAACAUUGACCAGUGCUCUGAGAUCAUGAAAUGCAGUGUCAGCUCCCUGGGCUCAUACGUUCAUUAGAAUUUCAAGUAAUUACAUAUUACAGACUGGCUUAGCUGCCUAACUUGAUAGAGCUCAGACGAAGGCAUCUGAAAAUACAGUUUCUUUAUAUCAUAUACUACUGAGGAUUUGUAACAAUUUUAGUUAGAAUCUGAAACUAUUAGACUCUUAAACUGCGUAUCUUUCUACAUAUUUCUGUGCCUGGGUUUAAGAAUCACCAUAAUUUGGAAGAAUUUAAAUGAAUACACCACAGUUAACUUUUAGAUGUAUUUUAUGUUUUAAAAGUGAAAAUAAAGUUGUGCUAUUCUUUGCGUA